CCGCCCGCCCCGCCUGCCGCCCCCCGCCCGGCCCCUGCGCGCCGAGGUGCGCGCGCCCGCGCCGAUGUGUGUGAGUGCGUGUCCUGCUCGCUCCAUGUUGCCGCCUCUCCCGGUACCUGCUGCUGCUGCUCCCGGGGCCGCAGGCGAUGCGAGAGGCUGAGCCGGGGAGCAGCAACCCGAGCAGCAGCGGCGGCGGCGGCCGCGGCGGCAGCGGCGGGAGGAGCCCCCCAGGAGGAGGACCGGGAUCCAUGUGUCUUUCCUGGUGACUAGGAUGUCGUCGGAGGAGGACAAGAGCGCGGAGCAGCCGCAGCCGCCGCCACCACCCCCCGAGGAGCCCGGAGCCCCGGCCCCGAGCCCCGCAGCCGCAGACAAAAGACCUCGGGGCCGGCCUCGCAAAGAUGGCGCUUCCCCUUUCCAGAGAGCCAGAAAGAAGCCUCGAAGCAGAGGAAAAGCUACCGUGGAAGAUGAGGACAGCAUGGAUGGGCUGGAGACAACAGAAACAGAAAAUAUCGUGGAAACAGAGAUCAAAGAGCAGUCUGCGGAGGAGGAGGUGGAAGCUGAGGUGGAGGGCGGCAGACGGCCCGCCCCGGCCCUGCAGCGCUCAGCGUCUGAGGAGUCGGCCAGCUCCCUGGUCUCCGUUGGUGUGGAAGCCAGAAUCAGCGAGCAGCUCUGCGCUUUCUGUUACUGCGGUGAGAAGAGCCCCCUGGGACAGGGGGACUUGGAACAGUUCCCAGUGACCCCUGGCCUGGCCUUGACGCGGAGAAACCAGCCUGCCGGCAAGAGGGACAUUGACGACAACAGCAAUGGGACCUGCGAGAAAACACAGAACUCAGCACCACGAAGGCAGAGAGGACAGAGAAAAGAGCGGCCUCCUCCGCAGAACGCAGUGGCUCACGUGAGUGUGAGCACGCAGACUGCUUCCGACGGUCAGGCUGCUAGAGUCUGGGACGAGCUCAGUCUGGUCGGCCUGCCAGACGCCAUUGACGUCCAAGCCUUAUUCGGCCCCACAGGCACGUGUUGGGCUCAUCACCGCUGCGUGGAGUGGUCGCUGGGAGUGGGCCGGACGGAAGAACCCUUGUCCGUGAGCGUGGACAAAGCUGUUGUCUCAGGGAGCACAGAACGAUGUGCAUUUUGUAAGCACCUUGGAGCCACUAUCAAAUGCUGUGAAGAGAAAUGUGCCCAGAGGUACCAUUACCCUUGUGCCGUGGGGGCCGGCACCUUCCAAGACGUCAGCCGCUUCCUCCUCCUCUGCCCAGAGCACAUCGAGCAAGCUCCUGAAAGAUCAAAGGAAGAUGCAAACUGUGCAGUGUGCGACAGCCCGGGAGACCUCUUAGAUCAGUUCUUUUGUACUACUUGUGGGCAGCACUAUCACGGAAUGUGCCUGGACAUAGCGGUUACUCCGUUAAAACGUGCAGGGUGGCAAUGUCCCGAGUGCAAGGUGUGCCAGAACUGCAAACAAUCGGGAGAAGAUAGCAAGAUGCUAGUGUGUGAUACGUGUGACAAAGGGUAUCAUACUUUUUGUCUUCAACCAGUUAUGAAAUCAGUACCAACCAAUGGCUGGAAAUGCAAAAACUGCAGGGUCUGUGUCGAGUGCGGCACACGGUCUAGUUCUCAGUGGCACCACAAUUGCCUGGUGUGUGACAGUUGUUACCGGCAGCAGGAUAACUUAUGCCCUUUCUGUGGGAAGUGCUACAGUCCAGAGUUGCAGGAAGACAUGCUGCACUGUAAUAUGUGCAAAAGGUGGGUUCACCCAGAGUGUGACAAGCCAGCGGAUCACGACCUGGACUCUCAGUUCAGAGAAGAGUACAUCUGCACAUACUGUAGACACUUGGCUGCUGAGAUCGGGCUGCAGCCCGGCGAGGAUGAGGAGGUGGCCGGAGUCCCCACAGAUUAUAACAACGAGAUGGAAGUCGAAGACCCCGAACACCGUGUGUUGUUCCUGGAGGAAGCAGUUAUGAAGGAUGCCCAUGCUCAGGAGUCUGCACCUGGAAUUGUUCCAGAUGCCCUCCAGGUGUGCGCGGGAGAGCAGCAGCAGAGCGAACCUCCAGAAGGCCUGCGCACGCGUGGCCUCCACGUUUCCGAAUCAUCUCAAGAUAAAAUGCAUCCUGAAUUGGAAAGUCAGAUCUCACAUGCAGUUGAUAAUUACCCAGUGGAAACAUCUUCUAAAGCAACACUUACUCGUGAUGAAGAUCAAAAUGAACACAAAAUGGAAGUGACGGAAGACGCCCAGGUCCUUGCCCACCCAGUCACCAUGCAAGAGGGGCUUCAGUCGUUAGAGGAGCCUGGACCAAUGGCCUCCACUGGAGAGCCAAGGCCUCCAAAAGUGGUCAUUGACCCUGUCGCCGUUCCUCCCGAAACCCGAGUGUGCCCGUGUGAGGAGCGUUCUUCCUUCUGUCCUGAGAAACAGUCGCCUGGAGAGAGAGUGCGAGAAGAAACGGAAAAGAAAGAAAAUCCCAAAUCUUCCACUGCCUUUAUGGACUUCGAAACGACUCCUGCAGUUGAGAGCUGUGUGAAGGGUGGUUUAAGCCGAGACAAGCCUGUGAAGCUGCCACCAGAGAUGGAGCCGGCAGUCCCCUCAGCACCAGACAGAAGCAAGGCCCACGUGUCUCCCCCGCCGGCCCGCCCCUCGGACUUGCCUUCCCACGACAUGCUGCACGGUUACCCUUCGGCACUCAGCGCUUCUGUGGGCAGCAUCAUGCCCACCACGUAUUUCUCCGUCACUCCAAAAAUUGGCAUGGGUAAACCAGCUAUCACCAAAAGAAAAUUUUCUCCCGGCAGGCCUCGGUCCAAACAGGGGGCUUGGAGUACCCAUAAUACAGUGAGCCCACCUUCCUGGGCCCCAGACAUUUCAGAAGGUCGGGAAAUUUUUAAACCCAGGCAGCUUCCUGGCAGUGCCAUUUGGAGCAUCAAAGUGGGCCGUGGGUCGGGCUUCCCAGGGAAGCGGAGGCCUCGGGGCGCCGGGCUAGCCGGCAGGGGCGGCAGAGGCCGGUCCAAGUUGAAGAGCGGUGUAGGGGCAGUCAUGCUGCCUGGGGUGUCUGCUGCCGACAUUUCAUCAAAUAAGGAUGAAGAGGAAAACUCCAUGCACAAUACAGUUGUGUUGUUUUCCAGUAGUGACAAGUUCACUUUGCAUCAGGAUAUGUGUGUAGUUUGUGGCAGUUUUGGCCAAGGAGCGGAGGGGAGACUACUUGCCUGCUCUCAGUGUGGUCAGUGCUACCACCCAUACUGUGUCAGUAUUAAGAUCACUAAGGUGGUUCUCAGCAAAGGCUGGCGGUGUCUGGAGUGCACGGUGUGCGAGGCUUGUGGGAAGGCCACCGACCCAGGGCGGCUCCUGCUGUGUGAUGACUGCGACAUCAGCUACCACACCUACUGUCUGGACCCGCCCUUGCAGACGGUCCCCAAGGGGGGCUGGAAGUGCAAAUGGUGUGUCUGGUGCCGGCACUGCGGGGCCACGUCUGCAGGGCUGCGGUGCGAGUGGCAGAACAACUACACCCAGUGCGCCCCGUGCGCCAGCCUGUCCGUCUGCCCCGUCUGCUGCCGCAGCUACAGGGAGGAGGACCUGAUCCUGCAGUGCAGGCAGUGCGACAGGUGGAUGCAUGCGGUCUGUCAGAACCUGAACACAGAAGAGGAAGUGGAAAGUGUGGCGGACGCCGGUUUUGACUGCAGCAUGUGCCGACCCUACAUGCCCACGUCCCAUGUGCCUUCCGCGGACUGCUGUGACCCCUCCCUCGUGGUGCAGACCCUCACAAAGGCGAAAGAGCUCGAUCCACCCAAGACGUACACCCAGGAUGGUGUGUGCCUGACCGAGUCGGGGAUGACGCAGCUGCAGAGCCUCAUAGCUGCAGCUCCGAGGAGGAAGCGGUCCAAGCCCAAGCUGAAGCUGAAGAUCAUCAACCAGAACAGCGUGGCUGUGCUGCAGACGCCACCCGACCUGCAGUCUGAGCACUCCCGAGACGGGGAGAUGGACGACAGUCGGGAAGGAGAACUUAUCAUGGACUGUGAUGGGAAGUCUGAGUCCAGUCCCGAGCGGGAAGCGGCGGAUGAGGAGACCAAGGGCCCAGAAGGAACGGAGGGCGUCAAAAAGAGGAAAAGGAAACCUUACCGACCAGGUAUUGGUGGAUUUAUGGUACGGCAAAGAAGUCGAACUGGCCAAGGGAAAGCCAAAAGAUCUACGAUCAGGAAAGACUCCUCUGGCUCCAUCUCCGAGCAGUUGCCUGGCAGAGAGGACGGCUGGAGCGAACAGUUGCCAGACGCCCUGGCUGAUGAAUCUGCGUCCGUCACUGAAAACACUGAAAAAACAAAGAAGAGAUACCGGAAAAGGAAAAACAAGCUUGAAGAAACUUUCCCUGCCUACUUACAAGAAGCUUUCUUUGGAAAAGAUCUUCUAGAUACAAGUAGACAAAACAAGCUGAGUUUAGAUAACCUCCCGGAAGACCCAGCUCCGCUUCCAUAUAAAACCAACAUGAACGCGCAUUUUCUGGACCCGUCCUUAGACCCGCUGCUUAGUUCGUCCUCUGCUCCAGUGAAACCUGGGGCUCACGGUACUGCUGAUGACCCCUUGGCUGACAUAUCCGAAGUCCUAAACACAGAGGAUGACAUUCUGGGAAUCAUUUCGGAUGACCUGGCAAAGUCGGUUGAUCAUUCAGGUCUUGAUUCAUGCACUUUCCAGGGUGACAGCUCACCUUUUCCGUUUGCCGGAAUGGACAUCGGUCCCGUUGCUGACGACCCUUCCUCCCUGCCUCAGCCGUCUGCCAGCCAGAGUUCACGGCCGCUCAGUGAGGAGCAGCUGGAUGGGAUCCUUAGUCCUGAGCUGGACAAAAUGGUCACAGAUGGGGCAAUUCUUGGAAAAUUAUACAAAAUUCCAGAGCUUGGAGGGAAGGACGUGGAAGACUUGUUCACUGCCGUGCUCAGCCCUGUGGCCGCCCAGCCCGCUGCGCUGGCACAGCCUCCCCCGCCCCCCGCACAACCGCUGAUGCCCAUGCAUGGCCAGGAUGUCUUUUCACGGAUGCCACUCAUGAACGGCCUCAUCGGCCCCAGCCCUCAUCUCCCACACAGCCCUCUGCCUCCUGGAAGCGGACUGGGGACGUUCUCUGCCAUCCCACCGUCCCCUUACCCUGAUGCCAGAGAUAAAAGUGCAGCAUAUCAUCCAAUGGCGAGUGAUCCUAACAGCUCUUGGGGCUCUGCGGCGCCCCCUGUGGAAGGGGAGGGUGACACCCUGUCGAAUGCCCAGAGGAGCACCCUCAAGUGGGAGAAGGAGGAGGCCCUGGGCGCAAUGGCCGCCGUGGCGCCGGUGCUGUACGCAAAUGUCAAUUUCCCUGGCUUAAAGGACGAGCUCCCGGACUGGACCACCAGGGUGAAACAGAUCGCCAAGUUGUGGAGAAAAGCCAGUUCGCAGGAAAGAGCACCAUAUGUGCAAAAAGCCAGGGACAACAGGGCGGCCCUGCGCAUCAACAAGGUGCAGAUGUCCCAUGACUGCCUGCGGCGGCAGCAGCACCAGGACGGCAUGGAUCCUGGCGCACGGGUCGACGCCGAGCUCUUCAAGGACCCCUCGAAGCAGAGGGAGUCAGAACACGAGCAGGAGUGGAAAUUCCGACAGCAAAUGCGCCAGAAGAGUAAGCAGCAGGCGAAGAUCGAAGCCUCCCAGAAGUUGGAGCAGGUGAAGAGCGAGCAGCAGCAGCUGCAGCAGUCUGGGUCGCAGGCUCUGCUAGCGCCGUCCGGCUCGGACACACCGAGCCCCUCGACCCCCCAGCCCGGCAGUGGAAACAUGUCUCCGGCACAGUCAUUCCAUAAGGACCUGUUUACAAAACCGCUACCCGGCCCCCCCGCUUCUGCACCUGCGGAUGACGUGUUUGUGAAGCCACAGGCCCCGCCCCCUCCCGCAGCCCCCUCCCGGGCUCCGCUCCCGGAGAGUCUGUCGCCGCAGCAUGUGUUCUCGCCCGCAUCUGCCAGCUCCCGGCCACCAUCUCCGAUGGAUCCCUACUCGAAAAUGGUUGGUACUCCAAGACCACCUCCGGGGGGCCAUGGCCUUUCCAGAAGAAACUCUACGGGCCUGGCGGAAAGCUGUGCACCCCUGCCCUCAGGACCGAGGCCCACUCCAGGGAGCGAGAGUGCAGCCGGUCGGCCUUCCCCUGUCAGAGAGUCAUGUUCUUCCUCCGUGACAAGCAGUGACCCUUAUGCAAAGCCCCCGGACACACCUCGGCCGGUGUUGGCAGAGCCAUUCCCCAAACCCUUGGGCCUGCCCCGCUCUCCAGUCGUUUCGGAACAGACCACCAAAGGCCCUCUAGCAGCUGCAACCAAUGAUCACUUCCCGAAGCCAUCUCCUCGGGCAGACAUAUUUCAAAGGCAGCGGGUCCCUGACCCAUAUGCACGGCCCGUGCUGACGCCUGCACCUGUGGAUAGUGGUCCUGGACCUUUUAAGACUCCGAUGCAGCCACCUCCACCCUCCCAGGACCCUUUUGGGCCCGGGCUGCAGGCUCCCAGGCGCCAGCCCAUGGACCCGUACGAAAGGCCCGCUCUGACACCCAGACCCUCGGAUAACUUUUCCCAGAGCCAGCCCAGCGAUCCGUACAGCCAGCCACCCCUCACCCCGCACCCAGCGAUGACAGAGGCUUUUGCCCACCCCGCCAGGGCCUUUCCCCAGCACACAGGCACAUCGAGGGCAGCAUCUCAGGACCUGUACUCCCAGCCCUCAGGACCACCUCGCUCCAACCCAGACCCUUAUUCUCAGACCCCUGGCACUCCCCGACCCCCCACAAUUGAUCCAUACAGUCAGCAGCCACCCACCCCAAGGCCACCAACACAGGGAGACUUAUUCGUUACACCUGCAGCUACUCCAAGGCUUUCUGACCCAUAUGCUCACCCUCCUGGGACACCGAGACCUGGCAUUUCUGUUUUUUACUCUCAGCCACCAGCAGCACCACGGCCACGGGUGUCAGAGGGUUUCACUCGGUCCUCAGUGACAAGACCUGUCCUCACGCCAAAUCAGGAUGCGUUCCUGCAGGCAGCGCAGAACCGAGGCGCGGCUUUAGCAGGCCCUGUGGGUAGGUCCCCUGAGGCCUGUCCCCAGACUCCUGGGCCGCCUGGAACAGGCCUUGCAGACACCUUCAGCCGAGUCUCCCCAUCUGCUCGGGAUCCUUAUGACCAGCCCCCUAUGACCCCAAGGUCUCAGGCUGACACUUUUGGGACAAGUCUAGUUGCUCCUGAUGCUGCUGACCAGCCUCGGCCUGGGUCUGAGGGGAACUUCAGUGCUCCUCCCAGCGCCCCCAUGAACUCUCAAGGCCCGCAGUUUCCCAGUGUCUCCCAGCUUCCUGGACCAGCACCGACCUCGGGAGUCCCUGACACACAGAGUGGCUCCGGCAGUGCGUCUCAGGUGGACACAGAGAAGCUGCGACAGCGGCAGAAGUUACGGGAAAUGAUUCUGCAGCAGCAGCAGCAGAAGAAGAUGGCAGGUCGGCAGGAGAAGGGGCCCCAGGACGCGGCCGCUGGGCCUCACCCCCUGCAGCACUGGCAGCCUGAGGGCGUGAGCCCAGCUUUCACCAGGCCGCCACCCCCCUACCCCGGGAGCCUCCGUUCGCCAGUCGUCCCUCCCAUGGGGCCUCGAUACCCCAUCUUCCCCAAAGACCCGCGUGGGGCCUAUGCCCCUGACGUUACUGGUAUGGGCAUGCGACCUCACGGAUUCAGAUUUGGGUUUCCAGGAGGGAGUCAUGCUCCCCUGUCUGGGCAGGAGCGCUUCCUCGUGCCGCCUCAGCAGGCGCCAGGACCUGCCAUCCCUCCGCAGCUGAGAAGGUCCAUGUCGGCAGACGUGCCCAGGCCUGUGGGCAGCUCGCAGGCUAGCGGUCCAGUUGGACUUUCGCAGCACUUCCCCCCGCAGAGCCUGCCCAUGCAGCAGCACAACAUCCUGGGCCAGGCGUUCAUCGAGCUGAGACACAGGGCCCCUGACGGGAGGCCCCGGCCGCCCUUCCCCAUUCCUGCUGGUGGUGCGCUAGAGGGCCCUCUGGCCCCGAGACACGGGGCCUUCAUUCCCCGGCCAGACCUGCCAGGCCCCAGACACGCCGACCCCCUGAGGCGGCCUCCCCAAGGUCUACCUCAUCAGCUGCCUGUGCCUCCCAGUCUGGACCAGGUGCCGCCGCCUCACCCGGAGCAAGGGCAUCCCGUCCACUCAUCUGCAGUCAUGAGGUCCCUGAGUCAUCCCUUAGGUGGCGAAUUUCCCGAGACCCCUCUGUCAACAUCUACACCAGCUGAAACGCCAUCUGGUAAUUUACAGGUAGCUGCCCAGCCUUCGGACGGUCUUGAAGAAAAACUGGAUUCUGAUGACCCAUCUGUAAAAGAACUGGAUGUUAAAGACCUUGAGGGGGUUGAAGUCAAAGACUUGGAUGAUGAAGAUCUUGAAAACCUACACCUAGAUGCAGAGGACGGCAAGGGCGAUGACCUGGACACUUUGGGUAACCUAGAGACGAACGACCCCAACCUGGACGACCUCCUGCGGUCGGGAGAGUUCGACAUCAUCGCGUACACAGACCCAGAACUGGACCUCGGGGACAAGAAGAGCGUGUUCAGCGAGGAGCUCGACCUCAGCGUCCCGGUGGAGGAGAAGUCAGACAGUCAGUGUGUGUCUGCUGAACCAAAAAAAAAGGCGCCGGACGGGGACGCCGGGGUUCCUGCUGAGGAACACUCUCCGUGGAAGAGUCCCACCGCUUCCAGUGACGUAAAGACUGAAGUCCCGUCCCCACCUUCUAAGGGGGAAACCAAAUGUGAAAGUGAGAAUGGCGAGGAGGGCAGAGGCCACGCUGACACCCCCCGCUCCCAGGCUGCCGCUUGCGCGGACAGCGGCGAUGGGGCAGAUGCAGCUGCUCCACAGUCCUGCGAGGCCGAGCUCCUGGACAGGAGGCCUCCACGGGACACUGCAGCUCCUGGCCCCGGUGCUGCCCUUGGGCCCCACCAGCUGCCUGCCGAAGACACGGUCAGCUCCUGUGGCGUCACAGGGUCCACUCCUGUCCUCUCCAGUCUACUUGCUAACGAAAAAUCGGAGGGCUCGGACCUGAGGCCACUGGGGUCUCCACCGCCAGCUCUGCCAGCCUCUCCCUCCAGCCACGUGUCCAGUCUGCCGGCUCCCCUCAUGACCCCGCCCACCCCCCUUCUGGACAGUGCCAUGAGUUCCAGUGUGGCAGUAGUCCCGCGGGUAAACCAUGCUUUUCCUCAGGGUGUGCAGGUAAACCCAGGCUUCCUCCAGGGCCAGUCAGCAGUUAACCAUGGUUUCGGGACAGGAAAACCUGCCAGUCACACUGUGCCUCUUCCGAGUCAGCCCGGACCGCAGCCACUGGUGGUCCCUCCAGCACUAGCCCAGCAGGGCCGUGAGAGGCCCCUCCUACUGGAGGAGCAGCCCCUGCUCCUGCAGGACCUCCUGGACCAAGAGAGGCAGGAGCAGCAGCAGCAGAGGCAGAUGCAGGCCAUGAUCCGGCAGCGGUCGGAGCCCUUCUUCCCCAACGUCGAUUUUGAUGCGAUCACAGACCCCAUCAUGAAAGCCAAAAUGGUGGCCCUCAAAGGCAUCAACAGGGUGAUGGCGCAGAGCAGCCUGGGCAUGCCGCCCAUGGUCAUGAGCAGGUUCCCCUUCAUGGGCCAGUCGGCGCCCGGGGCUCAGACGGGUGAAGGCCAGACUCUCCUGCCGCAGGUCACACCGCAGGACGGCAGUAUAACACAUCAGCUUUCUAGGCCUAACCCUCCAAAUUUCGGUCCGGGCUUUGUCAAUGACUCGCAGCGUAAGCAGUACGAAGAAUGGCUGCAGGAGACCCAGCAGCUGCUUCAGAUGCAGCAGAAAUACCUCGAAGAGCAGAUUGGCGCCCACAGAAAAUCCAAGAAGGCGCUCUCUGCCAAGCAGCGCACCGCCAAGAAGGCCGGGCGGGAGUUCCCGGAGGAGGAUGCAGAGCAGCUCAAGCACGUGACUGAACAGCAGAGCAUGGUUCAGAAACAGCUGGAUCAGAUCCGCAAGCAACAGAAGGAGCACGCCGAGCUGAUGGAGGACUACCGCCUGAAGCAGCAACAGUGCGCUGUGGCCCCGCCCGCCGUCCUGCCCGGGGUGCAGCCCCAGCUGCCCCUGGUUCCUGGAGCCGCACCACCCGUCCUUGGCCAGCCCGGCUUCCCCCUGGUGGCCCAGCCACUGCCGCACACGACUGUCGCUCCCGGCCAUGCCAGCCCUGUGCGGAUGCCUGGCUUACCAGGAUGGCAGCCUCCCAGCGCCCCUACUCACCUCUCCCUCAACCCACCCCGGAUUCAGCCUCCACUUCCCCAGCUCCCAAUGAAAACAUGCACACCAGCCCCAGGGACGGUGUCCAGCGCAAACCCACAGAGUGGCCCGCCUCCACGGGUGGAGUUCGAUGACAACAACCCUUUCAGCGAAAGCUUCCAAGAGCGGGAGCGGAAGGAGCGUCUCCGUGAACAGCAGGAGCGGCAGCGCAUUCAGCUGCUGCAGGAGGUGGACCGCCAGCGAGCCCUGCAGCAGAGGAUGGAGCUGAGCGCUAGGCCGGCCGCACCCCAGGCCCCGUUCUACGGCCCUGACCUGCCUUGCGACUUCCUGCAGCCCCCGCGGCCCCUGCAGCCGUCUCCUCAGCACCAGCAACCGGGGGGCCAGGCUCUGCAGCAGCAGAGCACACACGGGUCUGUGAGUUCGCCUCCCACGCCGAAUUUCAUGGCAUCUGGCGAGCGGAGGCAGCUCGGACCCCCAUCGUUUGUCCCAGACUCACCAUCAGUCCCUGGCGGGAGCCCAAACUUCCACCCCAGUCAGCAGGCGCCUGGAGGUCUUCCCGGGGCCGGCUUCCCGCCAUCGCCCGUGAGGCCGCCUUUCCCACCGGCCUUGUCCGCAGCUCCACUGGGGGCCGGCAGCAAUCUGCCCUGCACCCAGGACCCUGCUGUAAUCCAUGGACAAGGUUACCCUGGCUCCGCUCAGUCUCUCAUACAGCUGUAUUCUGACAUCAUCCCAGAGGAGAAGGGGAAGAAGAAAAGAACAAGAAAGAAAAAGAAAGAUGAUGACACAGAGUCCACCAAGGCGCCGUCCACUCCACACUCAGACAUAACGGCUCCACCGACCCCCAGUGUCUCCGAAGCUACCUCCACGCCCACUGUGCACACACCCAACGAGCUCCCUCUGCAAGGAGAGUCCGAGCCAGGGGAGGUGGGCGGCCCGUCGGCUCCUGGCAUGGCAGCAGGCCAGCAGCGCACUGAACUGGAAAACAGCCUGCCCCCUGGUGAGUCCUCACAAGGAGCCCCGCAUCACCCACCUUCAGCCACUGCAGAGGUGGACAAGCGGCCCCUGGACACACCUGCCACCACUGAAGAGGACAAACAAGAAAUAGCUGAGCCCGAGCAGUGCCCGAGCCACGAGGGGCCUCCGCCGGAGGGACGUGCUGGGAAUCAGGCUGCCGAAACAGCCGCAGCCUGUGCUGUCUCCUUGGGCCAGAGCCCUUCCCUUCCUGCCCGGGCCCUGGCUGCAAAAGCAGACGCAGGCAACGAACUCCUAAAGCACCUGCUGAAAAACAAGAAGGCGGCCGCCCUCGUGAAUCCAAAACCCGAGGACGCACUUUGUGUGGAAGACGACCGUGCGAAGGACAGCAAGCCGGUGGGGAGGCCGGGCCCAGCCGGAGGGCAGCAAGCUCUGGGGGCUCAAGUGCAAGGUGGUUUUGGAUGUGGCAACAACCAGCUGCCAAAAGCAGAUGGAGGGGGCGAAACCAAGAAACAGCGGAGCAAACGGACGCAGAGGACAGGGGAGAAGGCAGCCCCUCGGUCAAAGAAGCGGAGAAAGGAUGAGGAGGAGAAACAAGCCGUGUACUCCAACCCCGACACCUUCACCCACCUGAAACAGCAGCUCUCUCUGCUCCCUCUAAUGGAACCAAUCAUUGGAGUGAACUUUGCGCACUUUCUUCCUUAUGGCAGUGGCCAAUUUAAUAGUGGGAACCGACUUCUAGGAGCUUUUGGCAGUGCUACCCUUGACGGGGUUUCGGAUUACUAUGCUCAGUUGCUCUACAAGCAGAAUAAUUUAAGUAAUCCUCCAACACCCCCUGCCUCUCUUCCUCCUACACCACCUCCUGUGGCUUGUCAGAAGAUGGCCAAUGGCUUUGCAACUACUGAGGAACUUGCUGGAAAAGCCGGAGUGUUAGUGGCCCAUGAAGUUACCAAAAGUCUAGGAUCUAAACCGUUUCCGCUGCCGUUCCGGCCCCAGGACGACUUGUUGGCCAGAGCCAUCGCUCAGGGCCCGAAAACCAUCGAUGUGCCGGCCUCGCUGCCCACUCCGCCUCACAGCAACCUGGAGGAGCUAAGGAUGCAGGACCACGGGGCCGACCGGGACACGCCCGACAGCUUCGUCCCCUCCUCUUCCCCGGAGAGCGUGGUGGGGGUGGAGGUGCGCAGGUACCCGGAUCUGGCGUUGGUCAAAGAGGAGCCUCCGGAGCCUGUGCCGUCCCCCAUCAUUCCGAUCCUUCCCAGCACCGCGGGGAGAGGUUCAGAGUCCAGGCGGAACGACAUCAAAACUGAGCCAGGCACCUUCUUGUUUGCGCCGCCUUUUGGGGCAUCCCCCAACGGCCCACGGUCGGGCCUCAUAUCUGUGGCCAUCACCCUGCACCCAGCUGCUGCUGAGAACAUCAGCAGCGUCGUGGCUGCCUUUUCCAACCUGCUUCGUGUCCGAGUCCCUAACAGCUAUGAGGUCAGUAGCGCUCCAGACGGUCCGUCCGUGGGUGUGGUCAGUAGCCACAGAGUGAACCCAGGUUUGGAGUAUCGACAGCAUUUAUUUCUCCGAGGGCAUCCACCAGGAUCUGCGGCUUCCCCCCGAUUAGCGAGUUCAUUCCGGCUGAAGCCGCCCCACAUGCCAUUUCCUCCAACGAGCAAUGGUCUGUCUGUGCACAAGGAAGCCGGUCACGGCGUGGUGGAGGGCGCGGCCCUCAGGACGCGGUGGUGCUGCCACUGCAAGGUGGUCAUCCUGGGGAGCGGCGUGCGCAAGUCUCUCAGGGACCUGGCCUUCGGGGACAAGGAUUCUCGCGAAAGCUCCAGUAGAGUGGAAAAGGACAUUGUCUUCUGUAGCAAUAACUGCUUCAUUCUCUACGCAUCGACUGCACAAGCAAAAACCCUGGAAAACAAGGAGUCUGCCCCUUUGCUGCCCCAGUCGCCUGUGAAGGAGGCACCGUCCCGCGCCCUCCACCAGUACAGCGCCAAUGUGUCCGCCCUGGACGUGCACUGCCUGCCCCAGCUCCAGGAGGCCGCCUCCCCCCCAGCGUCACCUCCCAUCACCUUCCCGCCUGCAUUCGAAGCAGCCAAAGUCGAGGCAAAGCCAGAUGAGCUUAAGGUCACAGUGAAGUUGAAGCCUCGGUUGAGAACCGUGCAUGGCGGGUUUGAAGACUGCAGGCCAGUCCCCAAGAAGUGGAGAGGGGUGAGGUGGAAGAAGUGGAGCGUUCACAUCGUGGUCCCCAAGGGCUCCUUCCAGCCCCCGUGCGAGGACGAGAUCGACGCGUUCCUGAAGAAGCUGGGCACCUCCCUGAGACCAGACCCUGUGCCCAGGGACUACCGCAAGUGCUGCUUCUGUCACGAGGAGGGUGAUGGCCUGACGGACGGACCGGCGAGGCUGCUCAACCUUGACUUGGACCUGUGGGUGCACCUGAACUGUGCCCUGUGGUCCACCGAGGUCUACGAGACCCAGGCGGGUGCCUUAAUCAACGUGGAGCUGGCCCUGAGGAGAGGCCUACACAUGAAGUGCAUCUUCUGUCACAAAAUGGGUGCCACCAGUGGGUGCCACAGGCUGCGGUGCACCAACGUUUACCACUUCACAUGCGCCAUGAAAGCACAAUGCAUGUUUUUUAAGGAUAAAACUAUGCUUUGUCCCAUGCACAAACCGAAGGGAAUUCACGAGCAGGAGUUGAACUACUUCGCGGUCUUCCGGCGCGUCUACGUGCAGCGGGACGAGGUGCGGCAGAUCGCCAGCAUCGUGCAGCGGGGCGAGCGCGACCACACCUUCAGGGUCGGCAGCCUCAUCUUCCACGCCAUCGGCCAGCUGCUCCCGCAGCAGAUGCAGGCAUUCCACUCCCCCAAAGCGCUCUUCCCCGUGGGCUACGAGGCCAGCCGCCUGUACUGGAGCACGCGCUACGCCAACCGCCGCUGCCGCUACCUCUGCUCCAUCGAGGAGAAGGACGGGCGCCCCGUGUUCGUCAUCAGGGUGGUGGAGCAGGGCCACGAGGACCUCAUCCUGAGCGACUCCUCCCCCAAAGGCGUUUGGGAUAAAAUUCUGGAGCCUGUGGCCUGCGUGAGGAAGCAGUCCGAAGCACUCCAGCUGUUCCCGGCGUACCUGAAGGGGGAGGACCUGUUCGGCCUGACCGUCUCGGCGGUGGCUCGGAUCGCGGAGUCACUGCCCGGGGUUGAGGCCUGUGAGAACUACACCUUCCGCUACGGCCGGAACCCCCUCAUGGAGCUUCCUCUGGCCGUCAACCCCACAGGCUGUGCCCGGUCCGAGCCCAAGAUGAGUGCCCAUGUCAAGAGGUUUGUGUUAAGGCCACACACCCUGAACAGCACCAGCACCUCCAAGUCCUUCCAGAGCACGGUCACCGGGGAGCUGAACGCGCCUUACAGCAAGCAGUUCGUGCACUCCAAGUCGUCGCAGUACCGGAAGAUGAAGACCGAGUGGAAGUCCAACGUGUACCUGGCCCGCUCACGGAUCCAGGGGCUGGGCCUGUACGCCGCCAGGGACAUCGAGAAGCACACCAUGGUCAUCGAGUACAUCGGGACCAUCAUCCGCAACGAAGUGGCCAACAGGAAGGAGAAGCUGUACGAGUCUCAGAACCGGGGCGUGUACAUGUUCCGCAUGGACAACGACCACGUGAUCGACGCGACGCUCACGGGCGGGCCUGCCAGGUACAUCAACCACUCGUGCGCCCCUAACUGUGUGGCUGAAGUGGUGACAUUCGAGAGGGGACACAAGAUCAUCAUCAGCUCCAACCGGAGGAUCCAGAAGGGAGAGGAGCUGUGCUAUGACUAUAAGUUUGACUUUGAAGACGACCAGCACAAGAUCCCCUGCCACUGCGGAGCGGUCAACUGCCGGAAGUGGAUGAACUGAGCGCGCUCCUGGCUGUCUCGGCGGGUGGCUCAUUCCUAGGAAGAAGCGACUCAACACACCGUUCGGAUUUGGCAGCAGGAAGAUUUUUUUGUUUUGUUUUAUGACUUUGAAAACUAACUUCUGGGAGUUCUGAGUUCCUCGGUCCUUCAGGCAGAGCGGCCCCGGGACACCGACGCGAGCCGCUGGCCUGGCGCGGCCGAGGUCGGCCAGGAUUUCGGAGUGGUCCAGCACUUUUUCUUUUCCUGUCUUCUUUUUUCUUUCUGUGGGUGGGUUUUGUUCUGUUUCGUUGUUUAGUCUCACUAAGGAGAAACUUUUACUGGGGCAAAGAGCCGACGGCUGCCCUGCCCCGGGGCAGGGGCCCUUCCUAUGAAUGUAAGACUGAGAUCACCAGCGAAAGGGAGACGUCCAAGUGCUGGCCACGGCCUUAUCGGAGACAGGGGCAGGCCCUCUAAGUUCAAGUUUUCUAAUGCAGUAGACACCACUGAACAAGGAAUGUACUGAAAUGACUUCCUUAGGGAUAGAGCUAAGGGAUAAUAACUUGCACUAAAACACAUUUAAAUACUUGAUUCCAUGAGUCAGUUUAUUGUAGUUUUUGAUUUCUGUAAAAUAAGAGAAACUUUUUGUAUUUAUUAUUGAAUAAGUGAAUGAAGCUAUUUUUAAAUAAAAGUUAGAAGAAAGCCAAGCUGCUGCUCUUACCUGCAGAACUAACAAAACCUGUUACUUUGUACAAACAUGUAAAUAUUUUGAGGAAGAAAAUACAAUAUAAAAAUAGUUAUUGACCAAACGCUACCAGGCCCUGCAGCAGCUCGGGUGCCCAUCAGUGUCCACGGGGAUGUCACAAUGGAACUUUGUGUCACUAAGUGCGCCAUUAUGAUUCUGUAAUAACCAAAAUUUCCACCUGGAGUGUUCGGGGUUUUUUGGAAACUACAGUCGAUUAGGACUCCAUGUUUUAUACACCUUCCUUCUGAUAGAACGGCCGCGACGGCCACUUUUGUAGCUGUUUUGGUAAUUCAAGCCGAUUUUUUCCUAUUAUAUUGUUGCAUCCCUGCUCCUUCAGUCAGGUUUUUUGUGCUUAUACUUUGUGAUAACUGUGAAUAACUGCUUCAGAAGACACCCAAAUGGAGGCUGAGUUUUUUUCAGCAAAAGUAGUUUUGAUUAGAACUCCGUUUCAGGCCACCAAGAAUCAUGUAAACGUACUAGGAUCGUGCAGCAGGGACUCGGCUCUGACUCUCCGGCCUUCGGUUUAACACAAACCUUUGGGGAGGAAGCGGAGGAGGAGGACGACACACGACCAGGCCGGCCGCUGCAGGGCCCGGCCAGGGGCUCUGGAAGAUGUGAUUUUAAAGUGUGUUUGUAUGAAUUGUUUGUUUACAUUUCUUUAAUAAAAAAACACACUGUUUUGUGUUUGCUUGUAGAAACUUAAUCAGCAUUUUGAACCAGGUUAGCUUUUUAUUUUGUACUUAAACUUCUGGUACUGACACUUCACAGACUGAGUAUAUAAUGAAGUUUUGUGUGCACAAU